AUGGCCUCCCCGCCCGCCAGCCGGAAUGAUUUCGAAAUCGCGAUAGUUUGCGCAUUGCCGACGGAGUACAACGCGGUCACAGAGCUUGUUGACCACUUUUGGGAGGAUCACGGCUACGAGUAUGGCAAAGCCCGAGAAGAUGCAAACACCUAUACAACAGCUCGCAUUGGCAACUGUGAUGUCGUGCUCGUCCUGUUAUCUGGAACAGGAAAAGCCAUCGCCGCCAGCGCGGCGACAAGCCUUCGAUCGAGCUAUCCAAGAAUAAAGCUCCUGCUGCUGACCGGAAUCUGUGGCGGUGUGCCUCUUGUGGGAACGGAAGAUGAGAUACUCCUUGGCGACGUCGUUCUCAGCGAGACUGUUAUCCAAUAUGAUUAUGGGAGACGCUACCCUGACAAAUUUGUAAUGAAACAUACAGUUGCGGAGAGCCUGAGCAGGCCGGCAAAGGAGGUUCGCAAUCUGGUUGCCAUUUUAAAAACGAACCGCGCACUACAGAAGCUUCAACAACGAGCAGCCUUUUUCCUUGAGCAGAUUCAGGACAAACCGCCAGGCGAGCGCUCUAGAAUAAACUACGACUAUCCUGGAGCUGUAAAUGACAGGCUGUUUGCGGCAAACUUUCGGCAUAAGCAUCACGUGUCAUCGGAUUGUCUCUGCAGACAUUGUCACACAGAGUCGGACCCAGUUUGUGAAGAGUCCCGAACGCUAUUGUGUGAUGAGCUUGGAUGCAAUGCGGGAGACCACAUAAAGAGGCACCGUCUCGAGGCAAAGGAACUGCUGGAGCUUCAAGAUCGAAACAAGGAGGCCCAGGCUCCGUCUAUAUUCGUGGGACGGAUUGGGUCCGGUGACAUAGUGCUCAAGUCUGGCGAGGAUCGUGACAGGCUCGCCAAGCUCCACUCCAUCCUCGCUUUCGAGAUGGAAGGUGCCGGUGCCUGGGAUGAGCUACCCUGCAUUGUCAUCAAAGGGGUCAGCGACUAUGCGGAUAGCCAUAAGAACGACAAGUGGCAGGACUUUGCGGCUGCGACGGCAGCAUCUACCAUGAAGGCGCUCCUGGAACGGUAUACCCCUCCAGAUAAACCGCCAGAUAGCUCACUUUCUUUUCAUAGUCUGCAGAUAGGGCCCGGAAUGUCCUAUGCCGAGAGAAAUGAGGGUCAAAGUCGAGUCCCUGUUUCUGGAAUUUCUCCACAUAAUCUCUCACACCUCAACUACCGGCUAAGAAGGAAAUCACCCCGCGGAACGAUCACUGAUGGUUAUGAAGCUUCCGCAACACCUACAGCUCUCGCGCCCCCACCGACAAAGUACAUAAGAGCUCUUCCGUCUAGAGAAAAUGGCCAAGGCUCCGAAUCUUUAGACAACAGUGUGCCAUACACCCCUGUCUCGACUGCCACAGGUCUAGCCGAGAGCAUCGAAUCAGAAGCCCACGGUGACAUUUCUGACCAGGACAACAGGUGCCUGGACGGCUUCCGACCGACCGCGUCUCAACCCAAGGACGCAAAGAUCAAUAGCGCCAUCGACUCUGCUACAAAUCAAAUGCUUGUAGAGCAGCUAUACUUCUCCAAGAUCGAUGAGCGGCUCACCCAUCUGACUCCUGCCCAAGGUAACACGUGUCGCUGGCUCCUUUCCAAGUCUGAAUACACCGACUGGUACAAUAACGUGAAGCUGCAUGACCACUGUGGCUUCUUGUGGAUCAAAGGCAACCCUGGAACUGGAAAAUCAACGCUGAUGAAGUUCUUGUUCGAAAACGAGCGUGCCAACACCAAGAACGACCACCUUCAGAUUCUGCUCUCAUUUUUCUUCCUCGCUCGAGGCACGCCCGAGGAAAAGUCAACAGUCGGCCUUUACCGCUCUCUUCUCCAUCAGCUUUUCCAAAAAGUACCGAGCCUGACAGAAAGUUUGAACUGGAUGACACCCGACGGCGCGAGGGUCAUCCAACGGGGUGGUUGGUCUGAGGAAGCGCUCAAGCAGACCUUGAAGCAUGCUGCCGAGAAGCUUGGCAAUAUGUCCUUGACGAUGUACAUUGAUGCACUGGACGAGUGUGAAGACAGUCAGGCUGAGCGUAUGAUUCUCUUUUUUGAGGAGCUAUGUGAAGAAUCUGUUGGAAAUAUAAGAAUCUGCUUCUCCAGUCGGCACUAUCCCCACAUUGAGAUCACGACAGGCACCGAGCUCACUCUAGAAGAUGAAGACGGGCAUAAAGAGGACAUACAAAAGUACAUCAAGUCGAACCUCAAGCUGGGCAGGAGAAACCAACAGACUGAGUCGCUUCAGUCGGAAAUCCUCGAGAAAUCUUCUCGCAUUUUCCUUUGGGUCGUCCUUGUUAUCAAGAUUCUGACUGAGCUGCCUGACAAGUCCAUCCGCAAAAUGCGCCAGCGCCUCCAAGAAAUCCCAACUGAACUUACCAAGUUGUUUGAGAUGAUCCUUGCACGAGACAGAAAAAACCUUGAACAGAUGAAGCUUUGCCUCAGCUGGGUCCUCUUCGCGAUCCGUCCCCUCAAACCACAAGAGCUCUACUUCGCCAUCCAGCUUGGUCUCGACAAGGCGUGCUCAGCAUACUGGGACACGGAUGAUAUAGAUAUCGACUCGAUGAAAACCUUUGUGAAAAGCUCUUCCAAAGGCUUGGUCGAAGUAACGCGUAACAAGGCUGGGGAGGUCCAGUUCAUCCACGAGUCCGUUCGAGAGUUUCUGCUGAGUGAAGACGGGGCUCGAUGGUCCGGGGCUUCGGGCAACUUGGUGGGACAUGGCCACCGGCAUCUGAGGGAUUGCUGCUUGGCUCAGAUCAACGCGACAAUCACCCAACACGUCGAUAUACCAGAGUCUCUACCAAAGCGUACCGAAACAGACAAGCUGCGUAAAACCAUUGCCUCCAAAUUUCCGUUUCUCGAAUAUGCGGUGCUUAGUAUUCUCCAGCAUGCCAAUAGCGCUCAACAUGCGGGUCUAGACCAGCGUGCCUUUCUUUCAGACUUCCCUCUCCCAAGGUGGAUAUUUCUCAACAACGCGUUUGAGAAGUUUGAAGUUCGGCGAUAUACGCAAACAGUUACACUCCUUUACAUCCUUGCGGAAAGGAAUCUAGCCGACCUUAUUCAUAUUUAUCCCCACCUGGAGUCCUGGCUCGAUGUUCAUGAUGACCGCUAUGGACCCCCAAUUUUUGCUGCCCGAGCCACCGGAAGCCACGAGGCGGCAAAUGCAAUUCUGCAAGCUCAGAUCCAUGAGCAGCCAGCAGGAUCUUCGGUUCGCCGCCUAUUAGAGCGCUGCCUCGAAAAUGCACACAACAAUCCUACUUUUGGCCGUGACUUUACGUUCUCGCGCACCAAGGGUGUUACCAAGCACGUCAUUGAGCAAGGUGACGAAGUAGUCCUCAACUUUCUUUACAGCCUGGGCAAGGUUGACCCCGCGUGGAAAGAGAAGACGGUUAUACAUGCUCGGAGACCGCUGGCAUGGGCCGCCAAGAAUGGACACGAGGGCGUUGUCAGAUUUCUUCUUGAGAAGGGUGCUGAGGUAGACUGGAUGGAUCCAAAUGGUAGGACAGCACUGUGUGAGGGGGCAUCAGGGGCCCAUGAAGCUGUGGUUAAGCUACUCCUCAAGAAUGGCGCUGAAGUUGACUCAAAAGAUAAUAGCGGUGAAACACCACUAUCACAUGCAGCAUAUAAAGGGCAUCAAGCUGUGGUUAAGCUACUCCUCAAGAAUGGCGCUGAAGUUGACUCAAAGGAUAUUAGCGGUGAAACACCACUAUCACGUGCAGCAUAUAAAGGGCAUCGAGCUGUGGUUAAGCUACUCCUUGAGAAUGGUGCUGAAGUCGAGUCAAAGGAUAAUAAUGGUCGAACACCACUAUCAUGGGCAGCAUCAUCCCAGAAUAAGGAUGUGGUAGAGCUACUCCUUGAGAACGGCGCUGAAGUUGAGCUGAAGGAUAAUAAUGGCCGAACACCACUAUCAUGGGCAGCAUCAGAUGGGAAUGAGGAUGUGUUCAAGCUACUGCUUUCUGACACCCGAGUUGACCCAGAAGCAAAGGAUGAUAAUGGUCGAACACCACUAUCAUGGGCAGCAUCAUACGAAGCAUCAUAUGGGAAUAAGGCUGUGACCAAGCUACUGCUUUCUGACCCCCGAGUUGACCCAGAAGCCAAGGAUAAGAAUGGUCGAACACCUCUAUCAUGGGCAGCAUCAGGAAAACUCACCAGUGAUGUGACCAAGCUACUGCUUGCUGACCCCCGAGUUGCCCCAGAAGCAAAGGAUAAUAAUGGUCGAACACCAUCAUCGUGGGCCAGAGAAGUGGGGAAUAAUGAUGUGGCCAGGCUAUUGGAAGGUUAA